CUCGCGAGACGCGGCGCGCGGGCGGGCGGGCGCUGCAGCUCCCUCAGGGUCGCCUCAGCCGCUCCCGGGCCGCGCUCGCUCCUUCCCUCCCUCCUCUCCUUCCUUCCUUUUCCUUCCCUCCUCUCCUUCCUGCCGUCUGCCCCAGCGCCGCCGACAUGUCCCGCUACCUGCGGCCCCCCAACACCUCGCUCUUCGUGCGAAACGUGGCCGACGACACCCGGUCCGAAGACUUGCGCCGGGAGUUUGGUCGUUAUGGGCCUAUAGUUGAUGUUUACGUUCCACUUGACUUCUACACCCGUCGUCCCAGAGGAUUUGCCUAUGUUCAAUUUGAAGAUGUCCGUGAUGCAGAAGAUGCUCUCCAUAAUUUGGAUCGAAAGUGGAUUUGUGGUCGGCAAAUAGAAAUCCAGUUUGCACAGGGGGACCGCAAGACACCAAACCAAAUGAAAGCCAAGGAAGGGAGAAACCUGUACAGUUCUUCUCGUUACGAUGACUAUGACAGAUACAGGCGGUCUCGGAGUCGCAGCUACGAGCGCAGACGGUCGCGGAGUCGCUCCUUUGAUUACAGCUAUAGAAGAUCCUAUAGUCCCAGAAACAGUAGACCUACUGGAAGACCUCGUCGUAGCAGAAGCCAUUCGGACAACGAUAGGUUCAAACACCGCAAUCGAUCUUUUUCAAGAUCUAAGUCCAAUUCAAGAUCACGAUCCAAGUCACAGCCCAAGAAAGAAAUGAAGGCUAAAUCACGGUCUAGGUCUGCAUCUCACACCAAAUCUAGAGGCACCUCUAAAACAGAUUCUAAAACACACUAUAAGUCCAGCUCAAGAUAUGAGAAGGAGUCGAGAAAAAAAGAACCAGCUAGAUCCAAAUCACAGUCAAGAUCACAUUCUAGAUCUAGGUCAAAAUCCAGAUCAAGGUCUUGGACUAGUCCCAAGUCCAGUGGCCACUAACAGUGUAUCCAUGUUGGUUUAGGCAUGUAAGAUUCAUUUACACACAGUUCAGUUUACUUAAUUAUCAGGAAUAUAAUGUUGCAACAGUGCUAAAAAAUAUUUUCUUUGUCAGUUUUCCCUGUAGCCGACAAUGGUUGAAAUUAAAACAGUGUUGAGAAGCCACAGAGAGAGAGAGAGAGGGAGAGAGAUUGUCCAUUUGGUUAAAUGUCAUGGGCAGCUACUGAUUUGGUUGUGGUGUCUCUAUGUAUAUUUUUGUAAAGAUCUGCAUUUUUAAUGCUUAGAUAUUUGGUGAUGACUUGAUUGAUCGUAACUUGCAACAUUGUCCUUUUACAAAUGUCACACCCAUAGAGAAAUUCCUACCAGUUUGUGCUGGGCAGUUAAACCAGCUUUUUAACUGGUUCUUCAACUCUAUAAAGUCUGUGAGAAAAAGGAAAACUGGACAGCUGUAGUGCAACACUGGCUGCUAGGAAAUCAGACUGGCAGUUUGUUUCCAUGGCUCCAGGGCAGGUUUCCAUGUUCUCCGUGCCCACCAGCACCAGCAGGUUGGCACAUGGAGCUCUGUGGAGGGAGAUUUGGGAGAUUUCUCUUUAGCCUGCAGUCUGGAGAGAUGGUACUAACCUUGCAUGUACGACAUGGGCAGAGAGCUGGUCUUGGAGCUCACUCAGAGCCUGUGCAGUGUUGUUGACCCCUCGGGAUAGAGGCUUCACUGCCUCUGCCCUGGCUGCUGGUGCUGAAUGUGAGGGAAAAUCCCACCUUGAAAUGAAGAUCUAAAAUCAGAUUUCAGCAAACGGCAGAGCAACUAAAUAUUAGGUUGUGUGUACAUUUAUGCAGUUUUUUGUAUCCUCAAUUUUAGUGAGCAGUUAACCAUAAAGUUGCUUAGUUUUCCUGCUGUUAGAUACAAGUAGAUUGUUUCAAGUUGUGUGUGUACAGUAUAUAAGAACUAAACUUUUAUGCCAAUGACUCCUGUGGUUAGUUGGUGUAUUCAUAGGUAUCAAACUGUAGCCAUCUCCCUGGGUUACCAGGCUUGCUUGCUUUUUACACAGCAAAAAAGCAGUUGGUCAAGCAAGUCUGAAUCACUCCUUCCUCAGAAUGGAUAGUGGUUUGGUUACAAGAUUUCCUUUUCCUUCAGAACAAAUGUUUAAAGUUGGAUAUGAACAAGAGCUGCAUCUCUAGUUAUGUAGUUUAUCAUUAAUACAGUAUAUUUAGAAAAUUAAACGUGAAAAAUAACAAACCCA